CAGAGUGCCCGCUUCGGACCCGGCCAUCCAGUCGUUGGUGGCGGAAAGAAUCCUGAACCCCCGACUCCCCGCCGGCUCCGAGCUCCAGGCCGUGCCAUGCUCGCGCUCCGAAGCAGCCUAGCGAGGGCUCUGGGCGCACGGACGCUAGCCACUCCGGUAUACUCAUCUUUUGCUACAGGCCCCAGACAGAACGAUGGAACAUUCUAUGAAUUUCGUACCUAUUUUCUUAAGCCUUCAAAGAUGAAUGAGUUCUUGGAGAAUUUUAAGAAUAAUGUUCAUCUGCGAACAGCUCACUCUGAGUUGGUUGGAUAUUGGAGUGUAGAAUUUGGAGGUGAAAUGAAUAAAGUAUUUCAUAUUUGGAAAUAUGAUAAUUUUGCUCAUCGAACUGAAAUUCGGAAAGCAUUGGCCAAAGAUAAGAAAUGGCAGGAACAAUUUCUCAUUCCAAAUUUGGCUCUAAUGGAUAAACAGGAAAGUGAGAUUACUUAUUUGGUACCCUGGUGCAAAUUAGAAAAACCUCCCAAAGAAGGAGUCUAUGAAUUGGUUAUUUUUCAGAUGAAACCAGGUGGGCCAGCUCUCUGGGGUGAUGCAUUUAAAAGGGCGAUUAAUGCCCAUGUCAAUUUAGGAUACUCAAAACUAGUUGGCGUAUUCCACACAGAAUAUGGAUUACUUAACCGAGUUUAUGUUCUUUGGUGGAAUGAGAGUGCAGAUAGUCGUGCAGCUGGUAGACAUCAGUCUCAUGAGGAUCCGAGAGUGGUGGCUGCUGUUCGAGAAAGUGUCAAUUACCUAGAGUCUCAGCAGAAUAUGCUUCUCAUCCCCACGUCAUUUUCACCGUUGAAAUAGUUUUCCACUGAAAUACAAAGCAUUACUUUUACCACUAUAAAAUGUGUCUGAUAAUAGUGCUUAAAUGUUCUAAGCAAUUCUUUUACUUGAAGGAAGUGGUAAAUUAAUUCACCGUCUCUGCAUUUUUAAAGCCACCUCUUUCCAAUGUCAUUACCACCGGAGGAAAUGAUUUCAUUUAUUUUCAUUCUAACAAACCACUUCUGAUAUUGAAAUGAUUUUGUGCUUGCAGUAUUUUUAAAUUGCUCCUAUGUGUUUGUGUAUCAUCUCUUUUUACUGAGAUUUAAAGCUUUUGUCCUUUAAAGUUUAUUUUGUGAUGCCACAUGG